AUGGAAACAGAUGAGGCUCAAGAUAUGUCCCAGGUUUCAGGAAAGGAAAGUCCUCCAAUUAGUGAUGUCCCAGAUGAUGCAGAUGAACCUAUGCCUGUACCAGAAGACCUUUCAACUAGUACUGGAGGACAACAGAGUGCUAAGAAUGAGAGAGUCUUGG